AUGGGUAUGGCAUCUGCUCAUCCUAACGGACCGGCCGGCGCUCAAAAGGCCGACAUCUUCACGCGAAUCAAAAAAAAGUUUUUAGCAUUCAAAGAUGACCAUCAACACGUCCUUGGUAGGCGGGGUGGGGGUAGUAGUUUAUUGCCGGGGAAGCGCCCGCAGCAGCAGGUGGAACGCAGAGAAGUUCAAGUAUCACCGAACGAGCCCAGGAGGACUACGCCCAACGGCCAGAGGCACCCGCCCGAAAAUCGCCAGCAUGUACCCUCCCGACCCAAGACCUUAACGGAAGAAAAUUCUGAUGGUAACGAGACAACGUCGUCAUCGUCGUCACCGUCACCUGAUACGGUCAGAGAGGGGGAAGGGGAAGCCGAGCCAACGUACACCGCACCAGCCCUAGAAGCAACCACAACAUCUCCAGUAUCAGCAACCCAUAACGAGCUUCUUACUGCGGCGGGCGAUGGCGAGCCACCCCAUGAAGAGGAGAAAACCAGUAGCGAGUUGAUUCGACAAGAAGAGAUCAAUAAGGAAAUAGACUGGCGGUGGAUCCUGAACCUCAGCAUGCAUUUCCGCGAUCAAUCUGACCGAGAAAAAUUCUUCGUCACUUAUGCCGAGACGCCGAACCUGCGCCGCAGGCUCACGGUUUCGUGCGACUACCGUGAUGCUCCGGAGGGGACGUUGGAGCGAGAGUUGGCGGAUAUGCGAUAUCAGCGCGACAAGAGUGCGAAGAUAUACGAAGCUAUCAAGGAAUCGUUGCCAUCGAUACAGUUCUACGAGACCAUCACAAAUCUCAAAUUGCAAACUAGCGGCGGGCGACUCCAUGUCCACGUUACCGAAGAUAUACACGAAAUCAUCCCGUACCCCCCAGUAGUCGCCAUUGCGCAUCUAAGAUGCCCGAAAUAUAAGGAGUCGGAGCUGGAAUUCGAAUCCCAUCUUUCCGGGUUCGUUUAUAAGGUCAAGAUUAAAGACAAAGUUUAUAUCAAGAAAGAAAUCCCCGGUCCCGAUACUGUCGACGAAUUCCUGUACGAAAUCAACGCUCUUUACGCAUUGAAAGGUUCUCAAAAUGUCAUCCGAUUUGGAGGUUGCAUUGUGGAUGAGAGGCGGCAAAAAGUCAAAGGGCUCCUUAUCAGCUUUGCGCCAAAGGGGGCUCUCAUUGACAUUAUUUACCACGAAAAAAAUCUCCCAUGGAGGCUGCGGGAGAAAUGGGCAAAACAAAUCGUUUCGGGGCUUUCCGAGGUCCAUGAAGCGGGGUAUGUCCAAGGCGACUUUACCCUAUCUAAUAUCGUGAUAGACGAAAACGACGAUGCGAAGAUUAUCGACAUCAACCGCCGAGGUUGCCCCGUAGGAUGGGAGCCGCCAGAGGUGACAGCGAUGAUUGACGGUCUGCAGAGAAUUGGAAUGUAUAUUGGUGUGAAAUCUGAUAUAUUUCAGCUUGGAAUGGUGUUGUGGGGAAUUGCGCACAUAAUGGAUGAGCCCGAAGCGAUCCAAAGACCUCUGGGUAUGGAUGGGGCACCAGCAGAUGUGCCAGAGUACUUUAAGAAUAUUGUUGAUGCCUGCUUAUGUGAACGGCCCCAAGGCCGCAUGUCUGCGAAGGAUAUCAUCGCACUUUUCCCAAAGCAUAAUGAUGGUUAUGUACCCCGUCUUGGUGACGGAUAUCAUGACGAAGAUAAUGCUGGAAUUGAGGGUGCUGGUACUGGGAAUGGGCACGGAUAUGUCAUUGGGGAGCCUGAUGCCGAUGGAAUUGUUGAAGUAUCUCUCAAUGGGAGACACGGCGGUCAAGCAGGUGAAAGCGGAUACAACAGCGGGGUGACUGGGCUUUUGCUCAAUGGAAGGACAUCUUCAGAGCCAGACAAUCAUUCUAGUGAAACAUUUACCCAUCUAUAUCGGCCCUCCGAAUCUGGCCAUGGAAGGGAUCAUUCAGAAGGCAGCAUUAUAGACCGUGCUCAUCCCGAACCUCACAGGAUCAAUACACAAUUUAAUUCAUCAUAUGAAGAUCUGCAGGUCAUAACCGCUUCCCCGGGGCCAAGUGAAUCCGGGGCUUCUGGAGACGAACCGUUUGCAUGGCCAAGUAUUCAUGAGGCCGCUUUUGGUGCUGGAACAGGUCCUGGAGCAAGUGCCGAUGUGGCAUUAGAGAGUCCGGUAUCUCCCACUACUGUACCGACUUCUCGGCUUAGUACUGCCGGUACACAAGAAUCAAUGGGCCAGGGCGAAAAUUGGGUACUCCCCCCAGAGCCGAAUAGAAACGAAUACAACCCAAUGGAUCCAUUACCCCGUCCUACGAUGAAUGGGCGAGUGGGGACCAGGGACAGUGAAUUCGGCGAAAGAUUCACGACUGCUAGGUCAUCAAUUGACACCAGAAAAAGUGUCGCUGUCUAG